AUGCUCGGCCUGAACCUCUUCAUUGCCGCACUCUCCUUCUCGGUCGCGCUCGCUGCGCCCGCCCCAGUGCCAGCAGACGGCGACGGCGACGUCGUGCCCGCCAUCAUUGCCGCUGAGCAGCAGCAGGAGGCGAUCGCACCCGUUGUCCCUCUGCGCUGGUCGACGCACUUUGCCGACCACUUCCCCGCCGGCACACAUCUCGACCUCGAGUGGGAAGGUGGUGACGGCAUGGGCUGCGAGCUGUACUAUGUGCCCCACUGGCCUGGCUUUGCAGAGUACCAGUUUGUCACCAUUGUCAGCAACACCACCGAGAACAGCUACAAGUGGGCCGUCCCCAACCUCGACGCGUACCCCGAGGGCACCGACUUCAUCCUCGGUGUCAAGAACGGCGAGGGCGUCGGUGCAAACUGGUACGACCUCACCCCAAGCCUUCCCCUCCGCUAG